UUUUACGCGGGGAAUUGGCGGCUGCUGCCCGGAUGCGUCGAGGAUGCCAUGAUGAGCGCAGGCCUUCCCUAGCCCUGCCAGACACAGGACACCCCCGGCUCCCUGGGCACAACACAAUUGGCAUCAGAUUUAUGCAGCUCUGCCCCUGAUCAAUCCUAACACACUCUCUAUGCAGGAUUCCCUUUUCCGAGGCAGGAUUACCCACUGAUCUACAAAUAGCGUGACUGUAGCUGACCAGACACUCUGCAGUCUGAACUUUGCCAUUUGGAAGUCAAAGCCAUAGCUCAUCCCCUCAGUGCUUUGAAGGAAAAAGAAGGAAGCCAUAUUUUCUGGAUUUACAUGCGUAGAGUUCUGGCGAUUCUAAGGGCUGCAGGGUCCAUCCAGUGACGCUCGUUUUUGCCUGAGCUGCUCUCGAGGUGAGCAGCGCGUGUCCCAGAUGCCGUCAUGCCCAUCAUCAGCAACGCCAACCAUGACUUUAGCAAUCUCUCUGUUAGCGACGACAGCAGCCUCGACCGCAUCUUCACCGAGAUCCCAGAGACUGAGACCAUCAAGGGCGUCUACUACCAAAGGGCUCAGUUCAUCCGCCGACCUGAGGACCUGCUGUCCAUCGACCACGCCCUGUUAGCAGUGAUCAACGUGGGGGGAAACCGCUACACCUUCCCCUGGAGCACCCUGGAGCAGUUCCCCCUCACGCGCCUGGGUCGUCUGUGCGGCUGCCGCUCCGAGGACAUCGCCAACGUCUGCGAUGACUACGACGAAGCGCGAAAGGAGUUCUUCUUCGACCGCUCGCCCUCCGCCUUCAGAGUCAUUCUCAACUUCCUGGCGGCAGGCAAACUGCGUCUACUCAGAGAGAUGUGCGUUCUGUCUCUGCACGACGAACUGACGUACUGGGGCGUGGAGAUGGCGUACAUGGAGCGGUGCUGUAAAAGAAAGAUGUACACUCGGAUAGAGGAGGUGAACGAGCAGGAGAGGAGGGACGAGGAGAGGAGGCAGAGGAACGCCAUGCAGAGGGUCCCGGUGGAGGAGACCCGCUACAGGAAGGUGAUGAACUGGCUCAGAGACAUGGUGGAGAACCCGCAAUCAGGUUUACCAGGCAAGAUCUUCGCCUGUAUGUCAGUUAUCAUGGUGGCAGUGACAGUGGUGAGCCUGUGCAUCGGGACUAUGCCGGAUCUGAGAGAGGAGGAGGACAGGGGCGAGUGCUCCACCAAGUGCUACAACAUGUUCAUCAUUGAGACGGUGUGUGUGGCCUGGUUCUCCCUGGAGUUUAUGCUGCGCUUCAUCCAGGCUCAGAGCAAACUCGACUUCCUGCGCGGACCCCUCAACAUCAUCGACGCCAUGGCCAUCCUGCCCUACUACGUCUCCCUGGUGGUGACGGAGAAGGAGCCCGGCACGGAGCACGACAAACCUGGAGGAAAGGGGUAUCUGGAUAAGUUGGGGUUGGUGCUACGGAUCCUGCGGGCACUGCGGAUCUUGUACGUGAUGAGGUUAGCGCGCCAUUCGCUUGGGUUACAGACUCUGGGGCUGACGGUCAGAAGGAGCACGCGGGAGUUUGGUCUGCUUUUGCUGUUUCUCUGUGUGGCCGUCACCCUCUUCUCCCCGCUGGUCCACCUAGCCGAAAGUGAGCUCACCGGGACCCAUGACUUUAGCAGUAUUCCCGCAUCCUAUUGGUGGGCUAUCAUCUCCAUGACGACCGUGGGCUAUGGCGACAUGGUGCCCAGGUCCAUCCCAGGGCAGGUGGUGGCUCUCAGCAGCAUUCUCAGUGGGAUCCUAAUCAUGGCCUUCCCCGCUACCUCCAUCUUCCACAUGUUCUCCCGCUCGUACCAGGAACUCAAGAUGGAGCACAAACGACUGUUCAAGGAGGAGUGCGCAGCCGCUGCCGCCGCCGCCGCUGCCACCGGAGAGCAGCUGUUGGAGGUGGGAGGGGACCUGGGCAGGAGAGGGGGUGGAGAGGCGGGGGCGGAGGACUCUGCUCCAACCGGACUACACCUGGAGAAGGACGGGCUGCACUCACUGGAUUCCCUGGCCCUGCUGGGGAAAGGAAACAACAACCACACUCUGCCACCAGCAGCCUUCUGAACUCCAAUGACUGAUUCAAUCCUUAACUUCCAAUACAUGAAUGCCCCUUUAGUAUGUGCACAGAAGAGGCCUGAUGGAGAAUUCUCUCAAGAGAUCUUAAAGGUGCACUGUGUAACUUUCUGGUGGAAGAUCUUGUCUUCAUUGAAAUGUUAUUGCUUUGUCUUGAAUGUCAGUAUGUACAGUCUGGCAUUAAACUCAUCUGUAUCCAUGGAGUAAAACAAUAGAAACUGAAUAAAUGCAACAUGGAUGAGCUUAAUGCCACAAUGUGAAACCUUUCAGGCAAAACAAUAAUAUCUCCAUUGAAACAAGUUUGUGGCCCUUUAUGUUUCUCCUGGAAUCAUUCGCUGGUCUUAGGCCUGUCAUGAUAAUUACUAUAUCGACUUAUUGUUCAAGAAAUGAAAGAUGAGACAGUAUUUAUUUUAUUUUUUUUAAAUCAGUAUUUAUCAUGAAUACAUUUUUGUUCUUUUAUUGUUUUAUUGUUUUAUUUAUUGUCUUAUCAUAUCUUAUAUGAUAAGAUUUAAGUAAAACGUUUAACAAGUAACUUCUAUGACUCAUUAUAAACGCAAACUAAGAACUAAAGUGUUUCAUUUUGCUGUUUAUUUAUUGCAGCUCGUGAUUUUUUAACAGUAUUGCAGCUUUAGAAUAUUUUUAUGGGUUUAAAUCAGCUCUUGACUUAUUGUGUCAGCGGGAUAAAUUUGUUUAAUUUAUCAUCUAUAUUUUCUUCAGCAAUAUAUGGCACUUCAAAACGAGUUAUCAUGACAGGCCUGCAGAGGGGUUCAAUUUCAAUUUGUUAAUCUGGAUGCCUAUGUUUGCUAUCAACAAGGAUAUGAGAAUGCUAAAUAAUACAUUCUUGUACAGAGAGCUUGUUCAGAUGUGUGCAUAUGUGAAAGGGGCUUAUGUGUUACAUGCAUUCAAUUUAUUUAUGGAGCCAUCCAUACUACAGCAACAAAAAUGAGGAGAUGAAAUAUUCCUGUAUCCUUUGGCCCACUGACUGUAUUGUACCACCCGAACAGCACAGGAUGAACUACUAAUGAUAUAAAUCCCUUUAAAAUUGGAUUUUCUAGCUUUUCUCAGACCAAUAGUGACUGCUUCCAUGCACAUGCAAUAUCCAACCCAAAGUUGCUUUUCCUUCACUGUGACAAUGACUGCAACCGUUUUAUUUGCAUCUUGAUAUGUUGCCUAUAGAAUGAUUUUAAUAUAUUCGCUACUUUCUUGCCAUGAUCUCAAGAAGUGCUCCUCGUAGGUUUUUUUUGAGAAGCCUGAAGCCAUUUUUCUGAUAAAAUAUGUAACUAAUAGUUUUAACAUAUAUUCAUCUUUCUCUAAGUAUAUGUUUGUAUGCUUGACGGAUUCUGUGCAAUGAAGCGAAGUCGGAAAGGAGUGAAAAGAAAUAUUGUUUUAUAUUUGAGAUGAAAGAGAAAGUAGAAUGUGUGUGUUGCAGUGUGAGGGUGAGUGAAUGAGACAUGAAUAAACACUAACAACCAUGAAAUGUACUUUGCAACGCUCCAAAUAAAAG